AGGGUCUAGGCAGCACAAUUCGGCCGAUUGCUUACGGAGAAGUAGGGCAUUGGGAAAUGUCCGUGAAUCCUUCGGCUACGCAAGAUUGACCGAUGAGCCACGUUUUACUUGUCAUGAUGCGCCCUUCUAAGCUUGUUUAGUGAUCGUCUCGGCAGUUGACUCACGUACAAGCCCACGCAGCAUCAGCCCUGAAUUCCCGAAAACAAAGAUCGUCCUGAAACGUGACACCAUCAGAAUGAAUCCUUUGGGUGUGCUGGGCUACGUCGUCCAAUGGUUUCUCUACGCGGGGCUCUACGGAUAUCAAGAUUAUUAUCCAUUGCUUACUGCACUGCGACACGUCCGCUCACUCAAACCCUCAACCUCUGAAGACGGAACGGCAGGAAUUCUAGGACGAACGAAUAAUCCAUCGUUUUGGUCGACGAUAUAUCCCAUCAAAGGCUUGGGAACAUGGCUUGUUGGCGCGGCUGCAAGAUCCGUUCUCGAGUUCUACCUUCAAAAGCUUGUUCCGGCCUUCCUUAUGAAAUGCAUCACAACGAUUAUCAUCGCACCUCUGAAGUUCCUCUGGAUUCGAUCGAUCAUGUCCGAUUAUUCUAUAUCUCUAGAGUCAAACAUCAGACUUCUUCGUUGCGUCACAGCUAAGCAGUGGUUUCACUUCAUCGGUACCUUGUUAGCUUGCAACGUUGUCGAUGAGAUACCAGACCUUGUCGUCAAGCUCAGCCUGUUGUUUCUGUUAGCAAACGGUGUCGAUGUUGUUAAGGAAUGGUCGAAGGAAAAUACCACGACGAUCGGAGUGAUACUUAUUGGCGUUUUCUUUACGUUGAAGAUCAUACACGCGGCGAUUCGGGUUCCGGAGACGGUGGCGGGUGUCGAAGCUGCUCCUGAGAUAGAUGAGAAUGGGGAAGGCAGGAGUACACACGAACUCUUGGUGGAUAUCAAGACGUCGUUGAAAAGCAUGACCUUUUCAUUGUGGUUCCGAUUCGUGGUUUACCAUUGCAUCGCUUUCGGCAUGGCUCGCAUUGCAUCUGCUGCUGGGAUCUUGGGCGAUAUUGAAGUCAACAUUAGUUGGAAAGACCCUCUGUAG